GCCGCCGCCGCCGCCAUGGCCGCGGCCGCCGCGCGCUCCCUCUCCGGGCCCGGCCGCCGGGCGCUGCCGCUGGUGGUGAUUCUGGGCGCCACGGGCACCGGCAAGUCCGAGCUGGCGCUGCAGCUGGGCCUGCGGCUGGGCGGCGAGAUCGUCGGCGCCGACUCCAUGCAGGUGUACAAGGGGCUGGACAUCAUCACAAACAAGAUCUCUCUCCAGGAGCAGGCUUUGUGCAGACACCACAUGAUCAGCUUUGUGGAUCCCUUGGUCUCUAACUACACUGUGGUGGACUUCCGGAACAAAGCAGCGGCCCUGAUUGAAGAUAUAUUUGCUCGAGAGACGAUCCCAAUUGUUGUGGGAGGCACCAACUAUUACAUCGAGUCCCUGCUCUGGAAGGUCCUUGUCGAUACCAAGGAACAUUCGCAGAGGUGUGACUUGGGCGGGCUGAUCUGUGCCCCACAGGAGAAGACCAGCCCUUCCCCUGGGCGAGCAGCCGACCGGAGGGUGGAACUGGAGCAGCUGGACGGCCGCGAGCUCCAUUGCCGGCUGAGCCAAGUGGACCCGGAAAUGGCUGCCAAGCUGCAUCCCCACGAUAGGCGCAAAAUGGCCAGAAGCCUGCAAGUAUUUGAAGAAACUGGGAUCCCCCAUAGCGAGUUCCUGCGUCAGCAGCGAGAGGAGGAAGGUGGGGGCCCAUUGGGGGGGCCCUUGAAGUACCCAAACUCCUGUAUCCUGUGGCUUUAUGCAGACCAGGCAGCUUUAGAUGAGCGGCUGGACAAGCGGGUGGAUGACAUGGUGGCAGCGGGGCUCCUGGAGGAGCUGCGGGACUUCCACCAGCGUUACAACCAAGAGAAGGUGGCCGAGAACUGCCAGGAUUAUCAGCAUGGCAUUUUCCAGUCGAUUGGCUUCAAGGAGUUCCACGAGUACCUUAUCACGGAGGGGAAGUGCCCACAGGAGACCAGCGCCUUGCUGCUGGAGAAAGGGAUCCAGGCCCUGAAACUAGUGACGAAGAGAUACGCCCGGAAGCAGAACAAGUGGGUCCGAAACCGCUUCUUGAGACGCCCUGGACCCAAUGUGCCCCCAGUGUAUGGGUUGGAGGUGUCUGAUCUCUCACAGUGGGAUGAGAAUGUGUUGAAACCUGCCCUUCAGAUUGUGGAGAGCUUCAUCCAGGGGCGGCAGCCAUCGGCAGACCCUGUAAAGAUGGAGAGCGAGAUAAAGGAGGACAAACGGAGUCAUCACAUGUGUGAACUCUGCAACAGAGUCAUCAUUGGGGACAGAGAAUGGGCAGCUCACACAAAAUCCAAGUCCCACCUCCGCCACCUGAAGAAAAGACGGAAGCUGCAGUUGAAGCUCAGUGCUGUGGAAAGCCGCGUUAGUGUCACAGAGACUCAAGGAGACCGUGAAGGGACAGAGCACUUGGGACAGGGCAGAAACUAGGCUCAGUUCUGCAUCUGCCAACCAGCUGGGGAGCAGGGUCAGCAGCUGUUCUA